AUGAGGAUACAGGGACAGCCCGAGGGCGCAAGGAGGCGUCUGGAUUUAAAUACAAUCGGUGAGCUCAGGGGUGUGGAGGUCAUCCGUGGUCGGGCAGGAUAUGGCUUCACUAUUUCUGGACAGAGGCCGUGUCUGUUGAGUGGCAUCCUGGAGGGAAGCCCUGCUGACCUGGUGGGACUCAAACAGGGGGAUCACAUCAUGGCCAUCAAUGGAACUGACGUGUCCACGGCCUUGCAUGAGACUGUGGUGCAGUUGAUUGGCAGCUGCAAAGGACCCUUGCGGAUGGUGGUACAUGCUGAAGGUCGAAUCAUGGGGAACCCCAUCCUUAACGAUGCAAAGUUUGGGAUAGGCCAGAAAAGUGGUAUUUUCCAAAAAGCAGGUGUUCUCCGCACAAUCUCGCAUGAUUCAAGCAAUUCCUCCUUUAAAUCAAGUCAUGCUGUAACCACUAAACAGAGGCCAGUGUCAGAGCCUGAUAUGUCUCAGUGGUCACAACACUGGAACUCUUUAGCUGAGCAGCCAAAGGAGGAAACGUCUAGAGCGGAGGACACUGACUCUGUGUUUACAGACACAGAAGAAGCUAAUCCAGACUGGAGUGUUUUAAACAUGACCUUGGUGGUGGGCUACCUGAGCUCCACAGAGCUGAUUUUACACACUACGGAAUCAGAGGAGGACUGUUUAAAAGCCAUUCGGGAGCGAAUUCGACAGUUGGGAACAGAGCAGGAUACCCAUACCCUGGUGAUGAUGAAGAUCAUGUUUGACUGCGUCAGACUUUGUGACGACACAGGAGCUGUUUUGGCAGCCUUUCCUGCUGAGAACCUGGUUUUAGGAGCUGUGUGUGCUGAGGACCCACGUUUUUUUUGCCUGGUCACUACUGCACAUAUAAUUAAUGGCCGUGUACCUGAGGAUGGUCCUCUACGGGCUUCCUGCCAUGUUUUCUUCAUCGACCCAGAGUUGGGAAACCAUGAGGACCACAUAGGCAUUGCUGGACGCUUUGGCUUUGACUGCACUCCAGAUCCAGAUGCCUUGGGCUGCCUGGAAUUCCCUCAGACUCCCCCAGAUGUUCUUCACUUUGUUACAGUCCUGUAUAGUGACAUGGGGGAGGCUGUGGAGAGGCUUCGGGCAAAAUUGGACAUGGAGGCUCAGCAGCAAGCCAACGAGAACGGCAGCACUGGCAAACAAGGCAGCGCCAGCAGCAAUGGGGACAGUGGAAUUGGAAAUGCAUCCCCCCCUGAGGAGAGAGCGGACAGGGAUUUCCCUUCUGCAAUCCAAAACCACCCUGGGGCCCACCUCCCCAGCUGUCCAUGGGAUUAUCCUCUGAGUAAAGACCUCACCCAAAUAAACCUUUCCAAGAAUGGUCAAAAACUUAAUCCAGAAAACAGCGCCAGCAUACAUUCCCUUUCAGAGUCACUACCUGGCCCUGAUUGUCUUACUAGUUUUUAUGGAGGUCCCCCACCCAGACUCGAGUUCCAGUUUAAGCCCCCACCACCACCUCUGCCUUUGGAUAAAAUAACAAACUUAUUCGGAGAUUCUUUCAGAGGGAGUCAAAGGUGGUUCUCAAAGCCGAAGUGGCCAAAAGCCCUGAGUAGCGAUCCUGAGCCUCAGGUGACGUCCAACAACAAUUUGUCCUCCAGCGUUAGCCUGAGCAACCUGCCUCCCCCCAUGAGCCAGAUCCCCUCAGACAGGUACCGGUCAACAGAGGUCAUGAUGCUCCCUCCCAGAGAGGAAUGGACCAAAAGGUUCCUUGAACAGAGAGACAAACAGCGGAAAGAUGGGAGUACCAAAAAUGGCUCCAGGUUUUGGGGUAUGGGUGUCGUCCGUGCCUCUAAACGCCGCUCUGCCAAGCGUCUCAGUCUGGCACGAUCACUGGAUGACCUUGAGUCUGCUGCUUCCUCAGAUGGUGACUAUAGUGGAGUCCAGUUGCAGGGAUGCUGCAGCCAGAGCAGCCUGAACAGUAAUGGCAGUCUUCCAGGAGCAGGCAGCCACCGAGGGGUCCCAGAGCAACGCGUGGCCAGCUGGGCCGCCUGCUUCGAGCGACUCCUCCAGGAUCCAGUGGGUGUGCGCUACUUCUCGGAAUUUCUCAAGAAAGAAUUCAGUGAGGAGAAUAUCUUGUUCUGGCAGGCCUGUGAAUACUUCAGUCAUGUCCCUGCAACUGAUAAAAAGCAGCUGUCCCAGAGAGCUGGAGAGAUCUACAACAGCUUCCUGUCCAGCAAGGCUACCAUGCCGGUCAACAUCGACAGCCAGGCCCAGCUGGCGGAUGAUGUCCUCACCUCCCCACGGCCCGACAUGUUCAAGAUGCAGCAGCUACAGAUCUUUAACCUGAUGAAGUUUGACAGUUAUUCACGAUUCCUCAAGUCAUCCCUUUACCAAGAGUGUAUGCGCGCUGAGGUGGAUGGCCAACCCUUGCCAGACCCCUACCAGAUUCCCUGCAGCCCAGCGCCUUCGAAACACAGUGCCAGCUCUGAUCGCUCUACACUUUCCACUCCGAAAAAGGAGGCCAGAAAGCAGAGGUCAGGGAGGUCACUGACCGAAGACGGCAGAGAUGAGAGUGCCGACAAGAAACGCGGCAUCUUCUUCUCGUGGUCCCGCAACAGGAGCUUUGGGAAGGGCCCAAAAAAGAAGGACAUUGGAGACAUUAACCUUGACUACUGGGGCAGUAAUGGGCGGAGGGAGUCCCAGGGCUCCUUGUCGUCCGGUACCAGUCUGGAGAUGGCCACUUCCUGCUCUGCUGGCAAGAUUGAGUCUGAUAAUCGCCACUCAGUUGGAGUAUGGGAACGCUCCCCCAAACACUGCAGCGUGAUGCUUCCCGACGGUUCCUGCUCUUCUAUCACUCUCCGGCCCGGUGCCUCCAUAAGGGAGGUCCUCCAAGAUCUCUGUCACAGCAUCAGCGUCAACAUCGCUGCCGUCGACCUCUUCCUGGUGGGAGGGGAGAAGCCUUUGGUGUUGGACCAAGACUGCAUGACCCUCAGCUCACGAGACUUGAGACUGGAGAAGCGGACCUUGUUUAGAUUGGACCUGGUACCCAUUAACCGCUCCGUGGGGUUGAAAGCCAAACCUACCAAACCCGUCACUGAGGUCCUGCGUCCCGUGGUGGCCAAAUAUGGCCUUCACCUCAAUGAUCUUGUGGCCAAAAUAAGCGGAGAAACCGAGUCUUUGGACCUGGGUGCCCCCAUAUCUAGUUUGGAUGGCCUGCGGGUUGUGUUGGAGCGAGCAGACCCAGCUACAAGCAAAGACAAAUCCAAGUCUUCCUCCUUGAAAGGCCACCCUCCAACCAGGAGUUUUUCUGCCACAGGAGAUGAGAGGUCAACACCAAAGGACUUUUCUGUGAGAGCAAGUGGACCAGACUCAGCACUCCCAGGGGAAAAGAGAAAACAGAAAAAGAUUAAUAUAGAUGAAGCUGAAGAAUUCUUUGAGCUGCUGAGCCGGGCACAGAGCACCCGAGCCAACGACCAGCGCGGACUCCUGAGUAAAGAAGACCUGGUGCUUCCUGACUUCCUGCGCCUAACUCCACCUGCCGUGGCCUGCUCCACCCCAGACUCCCUCAAACAGACCCGGGAGAAUGGCAUCUCCUCACGGGGGGCCCUCACCUCCAGCCUUCGCUCUGAGAGUCUGGACUCCUCCCUCAGCUCCAGUGCCAAUGGACACUCGGGGACCAGGCGGUGCCUGUUGCCCCCUCCUCGCCACCCGACUUUUGGCACCCAUCUGUCCCCCAUCUCCCGGCCCUCGGACUCCCGGCCAAGCCUCCGCACUGUGGAGGAGGACGCCCACGCCGACCUGACCCUCGUGGGGGAGGGUGACAUCAACAGCCCCAACAGCACCCUGCUGCCUCCAUCACCGCCCUCCAUGCCAUCCUUCGAGGGCAGCCUCCCUGGAGCCAACUUCACCCCGCCACCACCCUGCUCCCAGUCUCAAGACGAAGGUGGAGAGGGAAAGUCCACUUCAGAAGGAAGAACAGACCCGAGCCCCGGCACCAAAUCGCCCACCAGUAGAGCCGACGCUGCGCAGACGGCCCAGGAGGUGAUGGAUGUGGAGGGGGUGCAUCUAGAGGAGGGGACACUGGAAACAUCCCAGGGAGAGGACUCUGAGCUCAGCCUGAGCUUCCAGGGCUACGUCGCUGAGCUGCGGCAGUGCCAGAGCAAGAUGAGGAACACCCAGAUGCCCCACAACGGCCGCAACCCGCCAGAGGGCAAGGACUGCACAACAGACCUGUACAAGGCCACUGUUGUCUAAAGGGAACCCCCCACUGCUGCACUUUUAAAGCCUGAGGCACUGCCUUUUGAAAGGGAAUUAGUCAAACGAUGAGCUGCAUGUACAAAGCUGUCAAUUUACACUCCAAAAAAAAAAAAAAAAAAAAAAAUCAAUACUAUUGUGAUGGAUAUUGUAUAUUUGUUAUGAAUUCUGGCGUCUUCUGUUGAUUUUUAGUAUUGGUUGUAAGUUUGGGACAGUGAUACAUUUCUGUUAUGCUAUAGUUUAAAAAUGAAGUGCAAAGCAAUUCUAUAUGAGCCAUGUUAGACUGAGGACAACCAUGGAAAAAAGCCUGAAAGUAACGUUUGGGUAUCAGUUUCUAAUUAAGCACACAUUAGAAACAGUUUAUAAAUUGUAAAUAAUUGAUUCAUUAUAAGUCCUUACUUUGUAAUAAGCCAUCAAAAUGUUUUAAAGAGCGAAUCAAAAAGUAAGUUAAGUUAGCGAGAAGCAUUAAGCAUUAAUAAACUAUUAAUUACAAUUUAUAGACACUUUGGUUUGAUAAAAGAGCUUAACUCAAGUGUUCACCUACCAGCUUUUUCCACUAGCCUUCCCCUGAGGCAGACCAUGAAAUGCGGUUGAAAGCUCUGGAAAAUACUGAAAGUAUUUUUUACCAUUAAUGAUUAAUUACGACUUACAGCACAAAGAUUUUUGAGAUAAAAGUGUUGCUAGCUGUUCUUGCUGAUCCUCUGCUGAGGAAGGCUGUGAGAUGCAGUUGAAGGCACUGAAAAAAUUAGUAAGCGAACCUUGAGUGACUGAAUAGUUUGUCAAACCACUCGUCCUAUUAGAAAGUGGUACCCGCUUUUGUUGGACCACAUGCUAGGCAGGACUCUGUUUUUAGGAUCAAAAGGGAGGCGAAAUCAUCUCUUUCUUGGAUAUUUAACUAUUUCCUGUUCACAUCUUCUUCCUGUGUUUUACAGAUAGUACAUGACGGUACUUUUAUUUCCUGUACUUCCUGCUUCUGUGGUUUUGAGGUUGUCCACAUGUUGAAUGAUUAAAAAGCUUUGAUGGCUGUAACUCCCAACAACAGUGACGCUCUU